UAGAUUGAGUAUUUAGUUGCCUGAGGUCAGGGCGAGAACCGGAAAUGACUUGAGCAAUUUCAUUACACAACAUUGGCCAUAGCAAAUCAAUUGGAAGAAUGCACAAAGACAGAGGGGGCAACCGAGACCAAUUGAGGCAUAACCAAAGCGUCGAGAGAUCGACAACGAGAUCGAGAUCGAGAAUGAGAUCGAGAUCGAGGUGGCAUGCUAAUCUAAUCUGCUGUAAAAUAAAUUGAAAUGCAUUUGCACCCAAAUCCGAUUCAACCUCUUGCUCCUCCACCUCCAUCUUUAUUACCUCACGUGAAGCAACAAUUGUUUUUGCCAGCAGCAGCUAGUGUGAAGCUCAUUUGUCGGCUUAGUUUCAAAUUUGUCGCGCAUAUCGGUGAGCGGCUCAACGCUUGAAUGAGAUCCGUAGAUAAUACCUUAUAUUUUGCAUAAGUCAUACAAGUCAACUUAAAUCUUGUUUGUUCCAUAACACAAAAAACAAAAGGCACAGAGAACCCUUACCCAAAGAAAUGUGUGAGAUCAAGCCCAAGCAUAUCAAAGAGUUGUCCAAGGAGGAGCGACAAAAGUUCUUUGACUCAUUCGAUUUGGUACUUUGCGAUUGUGAUGGAGUGGUUUGGCAUCCCUUUCGUGACUUUAUACCCGGCUCCGCCCGGGCCAUAGAUCAAUUGCAGCGUUUGCAUCGCAAAAAGUUGACAUUUGUGACCAAUAAUAGUGUCAGCUCAUUGGAGGAGCAUCUGGAGAAGUUUGCCAAACAGGGUCAAUUGAAUAUAACAAAAAAUCAAAUUGUGCAUCCAGCUCAGACCAUAUGCGAUCAUCUGAAGAAGAUACAAUUUAAGGGUCUUAUCUACUGCCUGGCCACGCCACCAUUUAGGCAGCUACUCAUUGAGGCAGGUUUCCAGUUGACCCAGGAUUCGAUGUCAACUGGCGCCAAGGCCAUUGAGAGUGUGCGUGAUCUACACGAAGCCAUCUACGGUGGUUCCGCAGUCCAGGCUGUCAUCAUUGAUGUGGAUUUUAAUCUCUCGGCGGCCAAAAUAAUGCGUGCCCAAGUUCAAUUGCAGAAUCCCGAAUGUCUGUUCCUGGCUGGAGCUGCAGAUGCUCGUAUUCCCUUUGGUCGCGGGGAAAUAAUCGGACCGGGAGCUUUCAUUGAUCUUGUGGCCAAGGCCAGUGGGCGUCAGCCCCUCGUACUUGGCAAGCCUGGUGAGGCAUUGGGUCAAUUGAUGCUGCAGCGGCAUAAGGCAACACCAGCACAUCGGGUUCUCUUUGUGGGCGAUAGUCUCGCCAGUGAUAUCGCCUUUGGCCAUGCCAAUGGCUAUCAAACAUUACUGGUAAUGACAGCCGGCAAAAGCGAAAUGGAAAAGCGCUUGAAGGAUAUGGCAAAGGAUCACAGUGAAAUGCCUGACUAUGUUGUCGAUUGCCUCGGCGAUUUGCUUAUCGAGCAAUCUUAGAUACUUGAAAUUAAACGAUCCUUUUACAGAAGUCUUUUCUUACAUCAGA